AUUUGUUAUCUGUGCUCGACUGUCAAGUGUUGAAUGAUGACGUUUCUUUAAGGCAGUGGUGAAAACAUCGAUUUAUAAAAAAUAGAAAAUUACGGCAAUCACCAACGGAAGUCUUUGUUUUAAUUAUUGACACUUUCUUUUAAUAAUUGAAAAAUCAAGAUGACAUCAGGACCGUACAAUUAUUCUUAUAUAUUCAAAUAUAUAAUAAUUGGAGAUAUGGGAGUUGGCAAAUCAUGCCUGUUGCACCAGUUCACAGAGAAAAAAUUUAUGGCUGACUGUCCUCAUACAAUUGGUGUUGAGUUUGGCACUCGGAUAAUUGAAGUAGCGGGACAAAAAAUAAAAUUACAAAUUUGGGACACAGCUGGACAAGAGAGGUUCAGAGCUGUCACUCGCUCUUAUUAUAGAGGUGCUGCUGGGGCACUAAUGGUGUAUGAUAUAACAAGAAGGUCAACUUACAAUCAUUUGAGCAGCUGGCUAACGGACACGCGUAAUUUGACCAACCCGAGCACUGUGAUAUUCUUGAUCGGCAACAAGUCCGACUUGGAUGGCCAAAGAGACGUAACAUAUGAAGAAGCAAAACAAUUUGCUGAUGAAAAUGGCCUGAUGUUUGUAGAAGCAAGUGCCAAAACUGGCCAGAACGUGGAGGAAGCAUUCUUGGAGACCGCUAAAAAGAUAUAUCAGAGUAUUCAGGACGGCCGGCUGGAUUUGAACGCCGCGGAGUCGGGCGUGCAGCACAAGCCCGCGUCGCCCGGCCGCCCGCUGGCCGCGCCGCCCGCCGCCAAGGACAACUGCGCCUGCUAACUGGCCACGAGCGGCUGGCUCAAAAACGUUCGGGAAAACCGACGUCUUUUCUGCGGACAUUACGAAGGUUAACGGUUUGCGUACAUUUUUCUAAGACAUGCACCAUACAAAUUUGAAAAAGUAGGUUGUUAUUGUAACAUGCCUACGAGGUAAACUACGAAAAUUAAGGUUUAAAUACCGUUUAUUUUAUGAUGUCCACGAGAAAGACGCAUAACCUUGACCUUGAGUUUUUGACCCGUGUACUCGUGACACGGCCAGCGGCUGAAACCCACUCUUCGAACACUCCGACGAGGCUAGUUCGCUACGUUGUCAAAUCGACUACUCUUUAUGAAACGUCCGAAAAUCCUAAGGCGCCACUAGAAACAAAAUCAAACCUCGGCUUUGAAAAAAGUAAAGUAUGUGACCAUCUAUUUUCGUAAAAUUUACUUCAUAUUGGCUAGCCUAUUUUUUAAAGAUUACCACAGCACAGUCAUUUGGUACUGACAAUACUUUUACAAGUGAGCAAUGUUAUUUCAAUUUUAAGAAUAAUUGUAAUUGAAGUUCAUUUCAAAGGAAAUAUUGGUGGAAUACUAGUUUCGGUUUUUGUAUGGGAGUGGCGUAUAAGUUCUAGUAUUAAGUAAUAUGUGUCACGAGUGGCAGCCAGUGGGUACAUCUCCACACAUUAGUCUGCACUAAUGCUUUCGGGAUAUCAUACUUUAAUCGAUAAGUUUACUAGAGUAUUUAAAAUAAUAUAUAAGAUCUUAAAUAAGAGUAUUACCGAGUCCCAUUCUGUUUCUACUUGUUUACAUUCCAAAUCAAUCACUGGUUUAUGGUGCAUUACUUUAGAACAAAAGGGGUUUUCAUAUUUUUUCAUUCAUCUGAAGCCAGAAGGCAAAGCUGUCAGAAAGUGAUUUAUAUAGCUUGAUAUACCCAUUUUUGAUUAUUGUAUGUAAUAUACUUGUGUGCUGUAUUAAUUUAUUUAUUCAACCGUGUAUAUGAACAGAAGUAAGAAACACAAAUGAUUAACCUUUUGAACGCCAAGAACACCUACAUACUGCAGGAAAAAUAGCAUAUGUUGGCGGCAAAAUAUGUACUUCCAUGAAGCUAUGUUUUUUAUAAUUAUCUUGGUACUAGAAAUGAGGAUCUGCCGAGUCCUAUCAAAAUGUAGGUGUCCGACCCCUUUUUCGGGGGGGAGGGGGUAUGUGCAAGGGGUUCAUUUUAAAAGAUGCAAAUUUUACAAACUAGGCGAGUGAGGCGUCAUUUUCGUGUAAUUUUUUUGCGCUGAAUCGAUUGAGACCAUACUCAUACUUAUAGGAUCAAUAUGUACAUAUUGUGCCGCCGAAUUGCAAUAUUUAGUCUUAUUUUACCUGUACUAACAGGCGUCGUCACUAGUCGUGCCCACAGCGCCAAGGACACCUAUAGGUGUUAUGGCGGACGCGGUCAAAGUAACCUUCACACUUUCGAGUAAGGUUUACAUUAGCUCCCUUGCGCCCGGGAGUUUGUGUUUAUGACAUAAAGCGUUCAAAGGGUUGAACAACAUUUUUUUACCUUGUAUGUGAGUUAUCUUACAGAGUUGACAAAACGUUAGCCAAUAGUGUAAUCUAUCCGAACCAAUCAUAAUAUUCAUGAAAUUGUUUUAAGGCUAAGAGAAGGGUAAUAUACUGUUGGUGUUAGGGAUCAUCGGAAUGCUGUAUCUCGUUAAAAGUUAUUGCGGUAUUAAGCUGAAGACUAAGUGAUAUGAUAUGGCAAGACAAAAUAAUUAUAAUAUUUAUGUUUCCUUUUGUAGUGUAUCGAAUCGAGGAUGUUAUAUAGCUAAGAAAACUUCACUGCUAAGGUUCCUCUUCUCGAUGACAGAUGUGGGGUUGGGGACCUACCACGAACUCCGAGAUUCCAAGUUUUGUACACUUGCAUGCAUGAGUGACAGAAAUAGAAAUACAGAAAUUCCGUAUUUCAAAGUCCGCGGUAGACUGCCUAUGUUGUCAUCUUAUCACUGAAUGUUUCUAUCCAGAAGCUUCUAGCACCGCCUCGCCCUCCUAGCAGAAAAUGUACAAUUAUAUCUAGCAAAGAGAAUUUGAAAAAGAGGUGGAUUGUCAAAGAAAACUUUUGUAGCCACAGUAAAUUUACCGCCAUCUUUCGACACAUGACAUGAUUAAAACUUAUAGAACGCCAUUUGACUUUGAUCCUUAUUCUUUCACUGAUAUGUGUUAUAUUUGUUAAACCAAAGUCAUAUGACGUUCUAUAAGUUUUAAUCAUGUGUCGAAAGAUGAUAGUAAAGGAGGGUGGUCAGAUUGGCCUAUUGACCAAUAAGGACAAGCGAUAUGUCACUGGAUAGCUUAUUCAAAGUUCUAAAACUUUUACUAUGGCAGGUAAUCCCAAAUCUUUGUGUGAAAAAAGUUAUCGCUACAUAAAAAUGUUUAAUGAUUUGAAACGUUACUACGUACCUUUUUUGAUACUAACUUCCUAUAUCGCUUUAUACUAUGAAGGUUUUCUUACUGUCGAUGAUUUUGAUUUUGUCUGGGCAGGCAUCCCUCUUGGUUUGCACCUGAUCUCCCAGCCGGGAUCUAUGACCUGCUUCGAGGGUUCAACAGGUGUCCCACUCUCAGCUGACAUCGGUUUGUCUUUAAAGGGCCCAGCUGUCGAAGGCCCCUUCGUCUCCGGUUCAGCCACCUGGGCUGGGAUUCCGGUAGGUACCCCGGCUUUCAGUGGCCGUUCCAGCUUCGAUGGUUCCUCCACGGCCAUGCCACACCCUAUCUGUUUCGCCCUCCUUAGUGCUUCAGUAUGUGCCGCCUCAUCUAAGGAGUUCGUUUGUUUAUUAUUUGUUUUUUUUAAUUCGAUUUUUAUUAGUUAUUGUUGUCAUUCAGUUCCCACGAGUAGCUAGGAAUAUAAAAGGUCCACGCAGAGCCCCGCUUGCGUAGACAAGGCUAUAUACAACGGGUUUCGCCCGGUAACCGAGGCCUAUCGUUCGCGACUGAGCUCCCUCUCAGUCAUGCAUCCAUCGGCACGAUGAGUCACACCUUGGAUUAGGGUUUUUGGGGUCGAGGUUGUCUCCUCCUGGAAAGGGGGGAUAUGGAUAAGAGGAUCAAGACGGGAAGGGGGGUUGGGAGGGUUGGUCUAGGUAAGGUUUAUUAGGAAGAUUGGGGGUAUAACGGGGGAAGGGAUAAAUGGGUCGUUUUCAUGGCCCUCUUCCUCCGAGCCUACCCACGCAGGACAACUUUCCGCUGAAUCGACUUUGGUUCCUUGACGUCGUCUCCCAUCAUCCGGUCCGAGAACAAGUCUCCUACCGGAUUCCAGAAGAGUAACGUCUGGUUCCCUAGUCGUCCGUCGAAAUGUGUCCACGUGAGGCGGUGGCUGAAAGAGUGCCGUGCUAAGACCAACUUAAACCCUAUACCUACACAGAUAAAAAAGAUAUCUUAAUUCAAAACGCAAAACUUUCUUGCGCACGGUUGCUUAAAUAAAAUAAUAAAUUGCUUAGUCCAAUAAAUAUGUCUUGAGUUAAAAACAACAUCAUUUUUUAAAGGAGAAUAAAAAUUAUUUAGUUUUAUCUUUACACAUUUUUAAAGCGAAUGGUAGUGAUUUGAGUUAAGAUAUUAAUUAUUCGCCGCAAGAAAAAAAAGUCUUAGACAGAGAUAUAGCACGCUCUUAAAAAACGGUUUUAUCUUGAGUAACUCUACCUCAAACCAAAAGUAUAACCAAAUUCCAAAGAAGAAGCACCAAAAUUUUCCUUUGAGACUUUUAAGUUUUUAGGCAAGAGCGAUUAAUUCUUGGUUUGAUGUUUUCAAUAUACAGUCAAGAGCUAUAGCUACUUUAAAAAAGAAGCACCAAAACUUUAGUUUGAGAGUUUAAGUUUUUAGACAAGAGCGAUAAAUUCUUGGUUUGAUGUUUUCAACCUACAGUCAAGAGCCAAAGCUAUUUCAAAGAAGAAGCACCAAAAUGUUGCUUUGAGACUUAAGUUUAUACGCAAGAGCGAUUAAUUCUUGGUUUGAUGUUGUCAAUAUACAGUCAAGAGCCAAAGCUAUUUAAAAGAAAAAGCACCAAAACUUUGGUUUGAGACUUUUACAUAAAAUAGUAUCAAUAAAUUUGAUGAAGGGGACAAGUGCGCUGGUGGCCUAGCGGUAAGAGCGCAUGACUUGCAAUCCGGAGGUCGCGGGUUCAAACCUCGGCCGUACCGAUGAGUUUUUCGGAACUUCUGUACGAACAUAUGAUAUUCACCAGUCGCUUUUCGGUGAAGAAGAAAAACAUCGUGAGGUAACCGGGCUAAUACUAAUAAGGCCUCUAAAUAGUUUAACUAGUGCCUACGCCAAUUCUCGAGAUUAGUUUCCAAGCGGACCCAGGCUCCCAUGAGCCGUGGCAAAAUGCCGGAACAACGCGAGGAAGAAGGAGAAGAUGAAGAGGAUUAUUGAAAACUACAAAGUUUUCAAGGAAUGACGAAAACCAUGCUGGUUUAAGAAAAUUCAUUCUUUAUUCAAGACAUACUAAACUUGGCGCUAAGAGAUUUCAGCUCUAGAUAUAAAUAAUAUCAUAUUUCACAUUGAGUAACGCACUCUUGAACCAAUACUUUUUCUUGUUUUUAUGGAGAAAUAUAAUUGUCAAUUCAAUCAUGAGUAUCUAACCCCAAGAAAAAAAGUUUCUUGGCACAAGUUCUUUAAGUAUUGCACUAAGACAGUUAGGUUUAAUUUAAAUAAUACAAUACUUAAAACAACGUAAACGCUCUUGGUGAGAAUAAUGAGCUUUUUAAAAAAAAAACUUUUUAUAGCUCGGAUAGAGAAUUUAAUUUUUUAGCUUAAAUAAUAAAUUUUGAAAUAUUUUAUAUCUUGACGCAAGAAUUUUAUUUUUUCCUUAUAUAGGAAACACAAAAUGUCUUGACACAAGAGUAUUUACUUGGCUGGAGAACUAUUUUUUUUUUCUGUGUAUAUAUAUCAGUAAAAAAUUCUCAUUGAGGGGAUGUUUUUAUUUUGCCAUAACUUGUUUCACACAGCGGUUUAAGAUUUCCCGCCAUACAAAAAGUUUUAGAAUAUGAAAAAACCUUUUAAAUGACAUAUGGCUUGUCAUUAUUGGUUUUUAGGCCAGACUCCAUAUGAAUCUGGGCAUCCUCCUUUACGUGGCUAAUACAAAGUUUUCUUUGACCAAUACACCUCUAUUUAGAAUUCUCUUUGAUACCUUAGCUAUUGAAAUUUAACCAAGGGUGUACAAUAUUUACAAGCGUACAUUUAAUAACUUGAAGACAUGAAAAUUAUCACAAAUAUUUUAGAUAAUUAUAGAUUUCUAAUCGAAUUACAAAGUACCAAACAUACGUGUGUGAAAAUUAAGCUAGUACAAAAAAUUAAGUAGCAUAUUUCGGACUGCAUAAACGUAUGUGAAUCAUGUACGUAUGUUAUUUACAAAUCAGUUACAGGAUAACUUAUUCGAAAUCAACGUAGGUAUAUAAAUAUGCGUUUUUUCCUUAACCUUUUAACCGCUUAGAAUUUUUCAUCGAGCGUGCUCGUGUUGCCGCCGGUACGAAAUUACAUGAAGUUUUGUCUUAUUGAUCAGACUGCGGCGGAAUGAGCUGGAUAUUGUAUGUCUUAUAUAUCAGACUACGUCGGUUAAAAGGUUAAUUACACAAGAAAAACACAUUGAAUCAAGUAAUUAAAUAAAAAUAUCAAGAUAAAAAUCAAAAUGAAACAUGAUCUAAUUUGUAAAAAAGAACCAUUUCUGAUGCUGAAUUUAAAGACAACAUAUGCAUGUUGUCGCGUCCCAAAAUUGCAUUUAAAAUACUGCAUUAUGUACAUGGUACAGUCACGUCUUAAAAUAUCGAUACGGACAAAGUGUGUACAACGCUACCUUGUCUACCUUAAUACAGGACAAUAAGUUAGUAUUAUGUAUACACUUUUGGCAUUUUUUCGGUAUCGAUAUUUUCCGACGUGCUGUAUGUGUAUAGUAAUUGUAUACUGCACUACCAUGCGUAACUACCUACUUAUAUGUACAUUGGAAAAUAAUUUAAUGGAUUUUCUAAUAACAGUUUGCGCCCGGUCACGGUACAAAGCUAAAUGUAUGGAAGUGCACGCAGUCGCUUCUACAAUUUCAUACAUGUAGGUUUCUUGCUUCAUCGUUGAGGUAAAACGUGUUGUGGAAAACCUGACCCAUCAAAAGAAAAAAGGGUAGGUACAUAUUAUUUUGAAUAGUCACGUUUUAGAUUUAUGUACGCUAAUGCCCUUUAAUAUGCACGUUUUUUUUUUCACCAUAAUGUUAUACACUAGUUAAUCAGUUGUUUUCGUCUAAUACAAUAAAUUUCAUAGAUUAGUAGUUUAGGUACCUAAUAGGUACUACCUACGACAUAUUAUGUGUAACUAACAUGUUAAAUAAAUAUUAUUUGUACAGUG